UUUGAAAAGCUGAUUGCGCAUCUGGUUUUCUCAUUUCCUCGCCCCAAUUUUUUUUCUCCUUUUUUUUGUUCCCGUUAUAAAUGAGAUUGGGUGCCCCCUUUUUCUCUCUAAUCGAAUAUUGGUAUUAAAGGAGAGGUACUGAACGUGCUGGUUAUGUCCCUAGGUUUUUGAAACGGUAUUUUUCUUUCUGUUUCUCCUUCCCUUUCCCUUUCCCUUCUUCUUUUCUUUGUUGAAUACACAUUAUUUUAUUCCAUUCUUCUCUCUCCUUUUCCUUUCUCUCUUUCUUUUUCUUCUUCUCUUGGUUUCUAUACCAUACAUCCGAGAAAAGACCACCUCGAGAUAAAGGAUGAUGACUGGAAUAUCACACAGGCCUGGUCAUGACCCUGUCACUAACCUGAUAGGGGCAUUUUCCGAGGAGGAUAAAAGCAAAUUAAAUGCAAGCAACGCAGCUGAUUAUCAAGAAAACCAGCGUCAGUUUCAACAUCCAGAUGAUCAACAAAAUCAACUUUUACAGCAGCAAAUACAACAGCAGCAGCAACCGAUACCUAAGCUGGGAGAGAUUUUGGACGACCAAGUGAACCCAGAGUCUGUUUAUUCCAAGAUCAACUUUUUGAAGUUCUUGGUAGACAAGCACUGUAUAGAAAACUAUGAAUUCUACACCGAGCUGGAUUCAGUCUUGCGGAACCACGAGCUUUUCAAACGUUUCAACUCCACUUCAGAAUGGUUCUCGAUUUAUAACCAGUUUAUCGAAACUGAGAUUAUUAACUUACCUGCAGAUAUCACGCUGAAGCUCUCAAAGAAUAGCUUGCCCGCUCUCUAUUUAUUAAACAAGAUUGAGAAGAUUAUCAUGAACUUCCUACUUGCCUCUUAUUAUGAAUUCAUAUCAUAUACAAAAGACAUGAUAUCUGCCAAAAUUAGAACUUCUUCCUCUUGCUCUACAUCUACAGCUAACUCUGCCAACAACACUGCAAGCUCUUGCUUCACGAAGCCAAACAGCUCAACGUCUCCAGAUUCUACAUCUAUAUGUAGUGAUUUCUCAUUCCAUUUUCUAUCAGAAGGUGAAGGUAAGAGUAUCUCUGAUCAUAAUGAAGCAGAAGAUUGUGAUAUUGACGUUGUGGAAAAUAUUAGCGAUAAGAUUGGCAUGCAGUCUACCAAGGUGACGACCGCUUACAAGGGUGAAUGCGUGUGCAACGACGAAGACAUACACAGCGAUACUAACUACAGUAGCAGAAGUCGAAGUGCAACUACAAGCGCCGUUUCGAACGGGAACAGAGAUAAUACUGUCAGCACGAUUUUGAGUGUGGGGAGCGGUGCAGAUGUUAGCGGAAGUGCCAGCCACAGUUACAACGACAUAACGCUGAAAUCAGAUACCAGCUCCGACUCGAGUGUUUCCAACAUGACGGUGUGUGACAGGUGCGACGGACGGUGUGAGAGCCGGGUGGAGGGCGGUAAGUCGUGGUCCAGAUUCACGAGGAAGUUAAAGUGGAGAAGAAAGUCGGAGUCGUGAGAAAGUCCAAACCAGCCAUCCAACCAGCCAACCAGCCAGCCAGAAAAGCCAGCGGCGACCUAACGCAGAGCACGAUGCACACACAGACGGCACAGUAUGAGAAAAAUGACGCCUGUGUUGGGGCUGUCGCUGGAACGGUCUGGUGCCAUGCUACGCCCACUUUCCGUGUUACUGAUCGUCGCCACAUCGUCAUCGCUCCAUCCCUUUCCCUUUCCCUUCUCUCCCCGCCCUUGUUACCCGCCACCACCGCCACGGAUUACGGUUUUUCUUUCGCACCGGUACCCGCCACCGAUGCAUGUACGAUUUAUAGAAUAAUGUUUAUAUAGAGCGUUCUUUACUAAAUAGCAACAACCACAGCAACCAAUUUCCCGCCUCC